AUGUCAUUCAUGGAAAAGGAUUGUAGAAAUUACAUUAACAAAGUUAGAAGAUUACAGCUUGGGGAAGGAGAUGCAACUGCAAUUCAGAAGUAUUUCUUGAAGAUGCAAGCUGAAAAUGCAAAUUUCUUUUAUGCAAUUGAUCUAGAUGAAAGUGGUCGGUUACGAAAUGUGUUUUGGGCAGAUUCCAGGAUAGGGCAACAUAUGAGGAAUUUGGUGAUGCCAUUACAUUUGACACAACAAACUUGA